AUGGGAAAGGCAGUUCUGGACGCAAUCCAAGACGCACCUUUGGGGCAGGUAUUGCACUGGGUCUCCAAAGGCAAACUCUUUGCCUUUCCUGAGCAACAUCCCGGCUUUACUAUCCCCUGGGAGCGGGCCACUGCGAGUGAGAAGGAGAAAGAGAUCGAGACUACUCCAAACGUUGAUGUCAGCCGCGAAACCAGCAACGCUACCACUCCACACGCUGUUUCUCGUGAACCGUCAUACGCCAACCGCGAGGACAUCGAGGCACGACACCUAAGCACCAUUCCUACAGCCCACUCCGCUGCUCGAGCGGAUUUCACAGUUGUCACCACGCGGACAAGAACCAGAGAACAGACCCUGCCCUAUUCUCAGGAACGAUUCGAGGUCGAACAAGAAGAGGCCGUCGAGCGCCAACAAAGCAGCAUUAUCGCCCCGCAGACGACCGCCGAUGGCAUCACUCUUGUGGAUUGGUACACCACCGACGAUCCAGCGAACCCUCAAAACUGGGGAAGCUGGAAGAAAGUCUGGGUCUCCUUUAUCAUCUUCAUGUAUACCUUCGUGGUGUACUCUGCAAGUGCGAUCUACACCUCAGCGGAACCCCAGGUGAUGGCGAAAUUUGGCGUGGGGCAGAGUAAAGCAAGUUUGGGAUUGAGCAUGUACGUGCUGGGGUAUGGCUUUGGACCGAUGAUCUUCUCUCCACUUUCUGAGAUCCCGGCCAUUGGCCGAAACAUUCCUUAUAUCGUCUCUUUCGGGCUCUUCGUCAUCCUCUGCGUGCCCACUGCAUUGGCAAACAGCUACGCGUCCCUUCUUGUCUUGCGAUUCCUCACCGGUUUCAUGGGCAGCCCCUGUCUCGCUACCGGUGGCGCGACCAUGGGCGACAUGUAUGGCCUCUUGAAGCUUCCCUAUGCUCUGACGGCAUGGGUCGCUGCGGCAUUCUGUGCACCUGCGCUCGGGCCUGUUCUGUCAGGUUUCUCGGUUGUGGCCGAAGGCUGGCGCUGGGCACUCUGGGAAGUUCUCUGGAUGUCGUCUCCAAUUUUCGUGCUCAUGUUGCUGUCUAUGCCGGAAACCUCGGCCAGCAACAUCCUUUUGCGUCGGGCUCAGCGUCUCCGCAAACUGACGGGCAACCCGAACUUGAAGAGCCAAGGCGAGAUCGACCAAGGCAGCAUGUCGUUCUCCAAAGUUGCGAUAGAGCAGAUGUGGAAGCCUGUCGAGAUUUUCUUGAAGGACCCUGCAGUCUUCUUCACGAAUGUCUAUACGAGUUUGAUCUAUGGAAUCUACUACUCUUUCUUCGAAGCUUUCCCCCUCGUCUAUGUCGGCAUGUACGGCUUUAACAUUGGCGAGCUGGGAGUUGUCUUUAUCUGCAUCGUCGUGGGGUGCGUCUUCGGCAUUCUCAUCUACGUCGCCUAUGUCUACUAUUAUCUUGAACCCGACAUCAAGAAGAACGGCCUUCGCGCCCAAGAACACCGUCUCGUCCCGGCGCUGUUUGCGACCACCCUCCUGCCCGCAGGAAUGUUCUGGUUCGGCUGGACGUCCACGCCUCACAUCCACUGGAUCGUCUCCAUCAUCGGCAUCACAUUCUACGCCUGCGGUGCCUUCAUCCUUUUCCAGUGCAUAUUCAUGUACCUACCGCUCACCUAUCCACAAUAUGCCGCGUCCCUAUUUGCGGCCAAUGAUCUGUGCAGAUCCGCACUGGCCGCUGGGAGCAUCAUCUACGCGCACCCGCUCUACGUCAAUCUCGGCAUCGGUCGCGGAAUCAGCGUGCUCGGCGGGUUGCUCUGCGGCGGUGUCAUCGGCAUCUGGGCUCUGUGGUACUGGGGCGGAUCCCUACGCGCAAAGUCCAAGUUCGCCAUGAGCUAG